GUUUGGAAAGCUCUGCUUUAUGGGUACCAAAGGUUAUAAUUGACGCCCCCCCCCCCCAAAGUAGCUCCAUUAGGUACAGCUAGUUUUAUAUAGUAGCACCACCGUUCAUGAAAUAGUUUUCUAUCUGGCAAGUUACACUGGCUGUCCUUUAUUUUUGAGCUGUUGAUCAGUGGGGGAUCUGACUACUGCAGCAAAGCUGGAAUUGGCCGAUGUGUGGGCUACAGAUUUCAUUAGAGGCCUUUCUCUAACAGAAUCUAAAAUGUAUUUCAUUUUCUGUUGUUAUUGACCUGGUUUGAGUUGGUUGGUUUGUUGGAGGGACUUAUUUCUUUGGAAAAGAAAAACCUCUGUUUUGAGCACUUGGCAAAACUUAAGGGAAGUUUGCUUGUGAAACUUGAAUAAAGGGUCCCUCAGCACCUGUGGAAGUAUUUCUUUUUUCUCUCCCCAAAAAGUUGUUGUUUCUUUAAAAGUCAGUAUCAUAAAAUAGGAUUAUUCUCAUAACUUUGAAAAAUCAAGUUAACACACACUAAGCACUUUAAAACUUGUAUUCUGCGUACUCAAGACACAGAAGAGAGAUACCCCUUUCACUAUAAUUUUGUGUACAAUACAUGUUUAGGUUGUUUGAGUACCACUGGGAAUGUUUAGUGCAAUUAAAGAAUUACAACCUGUUUUCAAUAGAUGUACUGAUGGAGACAUGGAGGGUUAAACCUGCACUAUGACUUUUUUUAGCUAAGCUUAUCAGCAUGGUCUUUAAUUAGCAACAGCAAUACACAGAACUCUAUUAACUCCUAGUUAGAGACCAUUAAUAGCUGAAGUCCCUUAGAUACCUGGCUUAAUUAAAUAAAUAACUAAAUGAAAAGUGAAGCUCUUUAAAGUUUGAGUAGGGCCUGAACUUCAGUGAGAAGGCACGAUGUAAGGAUACAAAAAGAUUCUUUAAAACAAUAAGCUUUCCACAAUAUACUUAAGUGUAGGGCUGCAACCCUUGGUGCAUAUUUAUUUGAGAGUAAGCACCUAAGUGGGACUCUCACAUUUGUGAGCAUAGAUGAUCAGGUUGGAAGGCUGCAUUCCUCUUUGGUUGGAAGUAAUUUGAAUUAAAAUCAAUAGUGAUUACUCCCAUUACACAUGGUUAACACUGGAUUACAAAAUUAGACAAUGCCUGAAUAUAUUCCACAAAGUUCUAUUUUUUAUGAUGGGAAGUUUAUUUUUGCUUAUUUCUACAAAAUAUGUCAACGUGCAUGGAUAGAUUUCAAAUGGUACUCAUGGCAAGAAGUACUUUUAAAUCUAAGACUGCAGCCAGCUACACACUUGGGCAGGGAUUUCAAUAUAAUUUACUGCUAAUUAACUGUGUAGAGAACUGCAGGCUGUAUAUUGAUUUAUAUUAAUUGGUUAUUUUAAACUGAAAGGUGCUUUUGUUAACAGUCGAUUAGUAAAAUGUACUCUUGACUAAAACAUGUCAAUGUAAAAAAGAAAAAAAGAAACACCAAGUUUGUAUCUGCAGUUAGCAGAUUUGAAAUAAUAUUUCAUUAUUUGAAGUUUAAAUACUGACCAACAGUUUUAAGAGGUGGUGUGGAACUAAAUGCACUAAUGUGUCAGUAAAGCUUUAUGAUAAUACUCAAUAGUACUCAUAUUCAGCAAAUUAUAAAUAAAUUUAUAUUACUACCCAUGUAUAAGCCCUUUUCUAUUUUUAUUUUGUUUAUUGGACUGAGGACUACUGUAAAAUAACAGUACUUCUAAGUAGCAGUAAUAUUGUUGGAUUCUAAAGCACAACAGACAGAGUUGGAAUGGAUUUCUUCUCCUCCUAAUGGGUGGGAAGAAAUUAGUGGGCUGGAUGAAAACUACACGCCUAUACGAACGUACCAGGUAUGCCAAGUCAUGGAACCUAACCAAAAUAACUGGCUUCGGACUAACUGGAUCGCAAAAGGCAAUGCACAAAGGAUUUUUGUAGAACUAAAAUUUACUCUGAGGGAUUGUAAUAGCCUUCCUGGAGUCCUGGGAACAUGUAAAGAAACUUUCAACUUGCAUUAUUACGAAACAGACUAUGACACUGGCAGGAGUAUCAGAGAAAACCUGUAUGUAAAAAUAGAUACUAUUGCAGCUGAUGAAAGCUUUACCCAAGGUGACCUUGGGGAGAGAAAGAUGAAACUUAACACAGAGGUGAGAGAGAUUGGACCUCUGUCCAAAAAAGGAUUCUACCUUGCAUUUCAGGAUGUAGGUGCCUGCAUUGCUUUGGUUUCUGUCAAAGUAUACUACAAGAAGUGCUGGUCCAUUAUUGAGAACUUAGCUAUUUUUCCAGAUACAGUGACUGGGUCAGAGUUCUCCUCCUUAGUUGAGGUACGAGGAACCUGUGUCAGCAGCGCAGAAGAAGAGGCUGAGAACUCUCCUAGAAUGCAUUGUAGUGCAGAGGGAGAAUGGUUAGUACCUAUUGGAAAGUGUAUCUGCAAAGCUGGUUUCCAGCAAAAAGGGGACACGUGUGAACCCUGUGGCCGUGGAUUCUACAAGUCAUCUUCGCAAGAUCUGCAGUGCUCCCGCUGUCCUAUGCACAGUUUCUCAGACAGGGAAGGAUCUUCGCGAUGUGAUUGUGAGGACAGCUAUUACAGAGCACCUACUGAUCCACCAUAUGUUGCAUGCACAAGACCUCCAUCUGCACCACAGAACCUUAUUUUCAAUAUUAACCAAACUACUGUGAGUUUGGAGUGGAGCCCUCCUGCUGAUAACGGAGGAAGAAACGAUGUGACCUACAGGGUAUUGUGCAAGAGGUGCAGCUGGGAGCAGGGCGAAUGUGUUCCCUGUGGGAGCAAUGUUGGAUAUAUGCCCCAGCAAACUGGAUUAGCAGACAACUAUGUCACCGUCUUGGACCUGUUAGCUCACGCUAACUACACUUUUGAAGUUGAAGCUGUCAAUGGCGUUUCUGAUUUAAGCCGCUCCCAGAGGCUUUUUGCAGCUGUUACUGUUACCACUGGUCAAGCAGCUCCCUCGCAAGUUAGCGGCGUAAUGAAAGAGAAAGUGUUGCAGAGGAGUGUGGAGCUCUCCUGGCAGGAACCUGAGCAUCCCAACGGAGUCAUCACAGAAUAUGAAAUCAAGUAUUACGAGAAAGACCAAAGGGAGAGAACUUACUCAACAGUGAAAACCAGAGCCACCUCUGUAUCGGUGAAUAAUCUGAAACCAGGAACAGUUUAUGUUUUCCAGAUUCGUGCGUUUACUGCUGCUGGCUAUGGAAAUUAUAGCCCUAGGCUAGAUGUUGCCACACUAGAGGAAGCCACAGCCACUGCUGUCUCCAGUGAACAGAAUCCUGUAAUAAUCAUAGCUGUGGUAGCUGUGGCAGGCACUAUCAUUCUGGUCUUCAUGGUUUUUGGCUUCAUCAUUGGACGAAGACACUGUGGCUAUAGCAAAGCUGAUCAAGAAGGAGAUGAAGAGCUUUACUUUCAUUUUAAAUUUCCAGGCACCAAAACCUACAUUGACCCUGAAACCUACGAGGAUCCAAAUAGAGCUGUCCAUCAAUUCGCCAAGGAGUUAGAUGCCUCCUGUAUUAAAAUAGAGCGUGUGAUCGGUGCAGGAGAGUUUGGAGAAGUAUGCAGUGGGCGCCUAAAGCUUCCAGGCAAGAGAGAUGUUGCUGUGGCCAUUAAAACCUUAAAAGUAGGCUUCACUGAAAAGCAAAGAAGGGAUUUUCUUUGUGAGGCGAGCAUCAUGGGACAGUUUGAUCACCCCAACGUUGUUCAUUUAGAAGGGGUGGUUACCAGAGGGAAACCAGUCAUGAUUGUAAUAGAAUACAUGGAGAAUGGAGCUCUGGAUGCAUUUCUCAGGAAACAUGAUGGGCAAUUUACAGUAAUUCAGCUGGUGGGGAUGUUGAGAGGAAUUGCCGCUGGAAUGAGAUACUUGGCUGAUAUGGGAUACGUGCACAGGGACUUAGCAGCACGCAACAUUCUGGUCAACAGCAAUCUUGUUUGCAAAGUGUCAGACUUUGGCCUCUCCAGAGUUAUAGAAGAUGACCCAGAAGCUGUCUACACUACAACAGGUGGGAAAAUACCAGUAAGAUGGACAGCUCCUGAGGCCAUACAGUAUCGCAAGUUUACAUCAGCAAGUGACGUAUGGAGUUAUGGAAUAGUAAUGUGGGAAGUCAUGUCUUACGGAGAGAGGCCAUACUGGGAUAUGUCAAAUCAAGAUGUUAUAAAAGCAAUUGAAGAAGGCUAUCGCUUGCCAGCACCCAUGGACUGCCCAGCAGGCCUUCACCAGCUGAUGCUUGAUUGCUGGCAGAAAGAGCGUGCGGAAAGGCCAAAGUUUGAGCAAAUAGUGGGCAUUCUGGACAAGAUGAUUCGGAACCCAAACAGCUUGAAAACCCCUCUGGGAACCUGUAGCAGGCCAAUCAGUCCUCUUCUGGACCAGAAUACACCUGAUUUCACUACAUUUUGUUCUGUAGGAGAAUGGUUGCAAGCCAUCAAGAUGGAAAGAUAUAAGGAUAACUUUUCAGCUGCAGGUUACAAUAACCUUGAGACAGUAGCCAGGAUGACUAUUGACGAUAUUAUGAGCUUAGGCAUCACGUUGGUUGGCCAUCAAAAGAAAAUCAUGAGCAGCAUUCAGACUAUGAGAGCACAAAUGUUACAUUUGCAUGGCACUGGCAUCCAAGUGUGAUAAACGCUUCUCCCUUACGAGGGAGGUGACAGACUUGAGAGAACAGUGCCGGCCUUCGAUCUACAUGAAGUGCUGCUAGAAGACACAUGAUUUUCUGGGUCCUUCCUGCAGACCACAGAAGGCCCACAAGAAGCACCUACAGACUUGAACUCCUAAGUGCCACCAGAAACUUACUUAAAAAGGGAAUAUGGAUCCACUGAUGGCAGCAACGAAAGCAGUGACAAUAAACAAAGUACUACCUGAAACACCUACGAACACCUUGAACUCUCUAACCUCCUUUUUAUCUAAUGGACUUUUUAAAUUGUACAUAAGGGAUUUUGAAAAAGAAAGAAUAUAUUUGUCAGAUAAAAAUCAUAUUAUUGCUAAAGUCAACAAAAUAUUUUCCUUAAACCUUUCAUUUCAAACUUUUUCCCCCAAAAAAGAGAAAAAAAGGAAUCAGUUGUGUUGCUUUGUCAUAUAGACCUUCUUUUAAUGUAACAUUUAUAUCUUUGGACCUUCUUAGUGCUAAGCAUAUGACGCAUUAUUACACUGGGGACUUUUGAAAGAUUGUAUGAAUUUCUACAGACACAAGAGGUGUAACUGAGAAAUGUGGAUCUGACCGCUGGGUUGGGUGAAAUGGGAGUUGCGGGGUAGGGUUUGCUUUAUGAAGUUUACUUCGGUCUGUUAAUUCCGCACCACAUUUAUGUGGUUUGCUAAUUGGCAGGAAAUCAGGAAGGGAAAAAAAAGACAUUGCCAAGAGUUCUGAUAUUUUUGAAAAUAAUUUUGUAUGAUAAAUCACAUGGUCUCUUUAAACAGGAAAUGAAUAAAACGGAGAACCUAGCAAUAAUGUUCCCUUAAAAUGCCCAGGCACUUUAAAAGAAAAGGCUUGAAAGAUGACUUUAGGAAGUUGCCUGGGUUAAAUAUAAGCUGUACAUCUGCAACUUUAAACUUGUUAAGACCUCUUUUGCUGAAUAAUUGAUUGUAGUAGGUGUGUCAAAACAAAAACAGAACAAAACAGGUACAGUACUGUAGUGUUGCCUAGCCUUUUAAUCAGAGCACAUUGGUGUCUAUUGCUGUUGUUUCUUUAAUUUUUCAAUAUUCCACAUUAGAAGGUCUAGGAAAAAUAACUGGCAUAUGGUUAAUAUGAGAUUAAGUUGAAUGUAGUCCCUCCUGCAAAAAUAAACAUCUGGGGGUGCAAUCCAGAGAACAGAAGGCAUAACUACAUCCCACUGAACUCAGCAUUUAAUUGAGACUAAUUUUUACUGGUUUCAAUUGGGACAUAGUCUCAAAAAGAUGUUACCACAUUCUGUAUGGAGUCCCAGCAAUUUCAAUGGGGCCCAAGUGCCACUAACUUUCUCUGGAUUGCACUCCUCCAGUGUAAGCCCUAAUACAAGUGAAUGAGAGGUGAACAGCAGCUGUGAGGCUUGCACAGGAGAUGUUCCUAUCAGAUGGUGCCUUUGGAUUUUCUAUUAGAACCGCUGAGUGUAAGGCAAGUGGCAGUUCGAAAAUUUUCAAGUUUUUUUUUGUUUUGUUUUUUACAAGCUGCUCUAUACAUACACAAAAACAGUCAUUUGAGACUUCUGACUGAAAAGUAGCUGUUGAAUGAGAGAACUCUCUUUUUUUAGGAAAAAAAACCCAGUUUUAAUUUAAUAUAUGCGUACUUGAGUUGAAUGAAAUGUAGAACUACCAUAAGCAAUAACAGUGCGUUGCAGGAAUAUAUACAAAACAGGUGAUAAAAUGCUGUCAAAAAAAUAUCAUGAAAAUCACGAGCUACCCCAGCAGUGAAUAGCUGUACUUCCAAAGAGAACUGGGCUGCUCCCAUUGGUUUUCAUAGAGAAAGAUCCCAGGGAUCAGUCAUAAAUUAAGUCUUGUUUGAUAAUGUGGGCAUCCACACAAAAAAGUAUAACCCUGUAAAUGUUCCUUUGUAAAACUUGUACAUUUUAUUUAUACCGUCUUGUUUUGUACACACAUUUCUGUGCGGUGAGCUCUGAAUACAUUGAAAAUGCACUAUAUUUUUCUAUUUUACUUACAGAGCAUCACAAAAAAAGAAAAUGUUUUUCAGUGCUACAUAAUGUGUUUUCCCACAUUUAGGACCAAAGAUAGCUACAGAAAACUUAAAUAGAUCAUUUACCCCUCCCCCCGCCCUAAUCUUCCACUUUUAGUUCACUGUACAGUGUUAUAUUUGUCAUUUUAUUUAUUUGUUUGGUUAGAAAAAAAAUCACUUUGAUUAUACUAUUUUUUUUCUUAUUUCCCCUUUGUUAAAGAAAUCUGUAAAAAAAUGAGAGAAACAAACAACCAAUCUUUGAAUUAACAUAAUCUCAUUACAUAGACACUUCCAUUUGUAAUCUUUGUAAUAGACUGUAAAUAUAUUUUUGGAAAUAUAACAGUGUGCAUAA